UGAAAAUUAUGCGCAUUGCUGCGUAGCCGGCUUUCGCGAAUAACCCCUUCUUAUCUUGUUUGCGCAAUAUGCGUAAGAGCGCUCCUGUCUGUGGUUCUGCUACACAACACAGGGCUGGCGUAACUGGCUAGCUAGCUGACCACUUGAGAUGGACGUGUUUUUAAUGAUCCGGCGUCAGAAGACCACAAUCUUCACAGAUGCCAAAGAGUCCACCACUGUUUAUGAACUGAAGCGUAUUGUUGAAGGAAUUCUCAAGAGACCUCCUGAAGAACAGCGGCUUUACAAAGAUGACCAGUUGCUAGAGGACAGCAAAACUCUUGGUGACUGUGGGUUCACCAACCAGACUGCCAGACCUCAGGCCCCGGCUACAGUUGGUCUGGCUUUCCGCAUCAACGAUGAGAUGUUUGAGCAGCUGCAGAUCGAGGCCUUCUCCAGCCCCCCAGAGCUCCCUGAUGUCAUGAAGCCUCAGGACUCUGGUAGCACUACCAAUGAACAGGCUGUGCAGUGAUGGCAGGGAGAAGAAAGGAGCAAUGGAGGGAAGGAUGGAUGUGGGGUGUGUGUGGAUUAACACCAGUGGAGAAGUAGCAGGGUGGAGGAUAUAUACUAUAAUUUCAGUUGAUGGAUGGGGACGUUAUAGGUAACCAAGCCUAUCCAUGUUGCCUCCAUGCUAUCAUCCCAACAUCCCCACCAAUGUGCUUCACAAAUCCCUUUUUAUUUUCUUUGGUAGGCCUAUGAUUUCCACAUCACGUGGCUCUGCUCCUUUACUUUUCUCUUACGCACCAAUUGGUUCAAACUUUGGAAGUGACUGAGAUGUUUUGAUUUGUAGGGUGCGACUGAAUGUGUGUGUUUGUGUGUAUGCGACUUAUACUAUUAUAAUUAUUAUUUUGGAAAAGGUGAAGGGGAGUUGUGUGUCACAGUGCUCUGCAUGUUACAUGCAUGGGUAAGGAGUCCAUUGGCUGAAUCAGCAAAAUGCAUGAACAAAUUCUGGUGUAAAACGGACUAAGGCUUUAAUUCUCCACAAUUGGGUAAACCUUCAUCUUGAAAAAAAAAAAAACAAAAAAAAAAAAACAAAACUAUUUUUGCCACUGAUAAAUUCCUUAGUCUGGUUCCUCCAAGUUUUGUUGUACAUUUCUCAACUGAUCUCCAUCACAUCAUCUUAUGUUCUAGCUUCUGCCAUUUUAUCUGUUCAGUUAUGGACAAAGCAGUACAUUUUCACUUUUCAGUCUUUUGUUGUAUGUUUCAUGCACUGAGACCAAAGGCAGGUACCUCUUGGACAAAGAAGGAAUGGCUGUUUGGGACAAUUGUCUAUGAUUAUACAUAUGUACAAGAUGAGUGUCAUGCUGUUUCAACUGUGUUUUUGAAAAGUCAUACAUCACCUCUUGUCACCAACACCAGUAUGGGACAUUGCACCUUCCCCUGAUUACAUAAACAGCCUGUAACUGUGAGCUUAAUUAAAGUUUUUCCCUUUUUUA